ACAGUGAUCAACCCAAACAGGGCAUUCAUUAUUUAACUGUAAACAACCAGGGAGAUGAUGGGCAUAGAGAGCCGGGGGCUUAAUCUGCCAAGAAGGAAGCAGCAAACAUGCUUCCUUGUGCUCGCUUUACGAGUACGAGCCCUUCAGAUAGAUUUUCCACCACCUACAGCACAGACUUCAGCCCAAUCAGUACACACAACCCACAGCUGAAUGCCAGAACUGCAGCUGGACAAGAAUUAACCAGAUCACUUCAGUCUGAACGUGAAACGUUGCCUGUGUUGUAUCGUCACUUCUACACAACCACCACCACCCCUGGUGGCUCAGCUGUUGGCUCUCAGCCUCCCUCCGGUGCCCUUUUUCCUUCCUUUUUACCUUCAUUCGGCUGCUUAACUCCAUCAUUUUCUGAGGAACUCAGGGACGCUGGCUAUGGGGAUGAAGAGGUUGCAUUGCAAGAACUGGGAACUGGGACUCUGGUCUCAUUUGGCUUUGAGGGCAAAGAUCCACGGCAGAACGUCUGUGGUCCAAGGGCAUACCCGUUUAAGCAGCACAAGGAUGAGCCAAAGUGGAAGACUGAUGUUCACUACGAGGAGGGUGUGGUCCGGUUAUCGCCGUACAGAGGUCCCAUCGGAUAUGAGGAGUUCCUGCAGCAUUUGCUCAGAGAAACUAGACCACCUCCCCUCCUCACCCUUCCAAUGGCCUCGAGUUCCUUUAUCAGGCAGAGUCAUAACACAGAUUCAAAAACCAGGGAGAACCGUUUGAGCAUCCAAAGCCCAGCUGUGCAGAACAGCCCUUUCCUUCAGCGUUCCUCCAGACAGUGCCGUUACUGUGGAUGGAAAUCAUUUAGUUGCUGCUGUGGGACGCAGAAUGUCCCUCGUCAAAUCUGUCAGAGCAGCUUCCAACCACUGGCCCAUGGGCAGCGGAGCAGUGCCUGGACAGAGCCCAGCAGGAAGCAACCACUGACAGAGUAUCAGGCCAGCUAUUCUGCUCAGUGGGCCCAGCCUAAGAUCUGUCAGAUUUAACGUCGUCUUCCUCCUUGUCACAGAAACAACCCCCAAUACACACCUAAAGAAAA